AUGGCGGGCCGCAUUCCCAACCUCGACUUGGAGGCGGAAUUUCAGAAGCUGGUGCCUCUCAUGAGAUCAUGCUUUGACCGAGAGGACCCAGAGCUCAGGCCCACCUACAGAGAUUGCAGAAGUUGGGCAAAAUCUUUCACAUCGAACAUUCGACGUAGCAUGGCCUCGCGCGACAACAACGGCUGGCUCGGCGACAAUGGGGAAGGGGACCUCACCGAGCGAUUCGAGCUUGUGCAGCAAAUUCGAGACACAAUACUCAACCACGAUGACAUCAAAGAGGAGGAGGACAAGAUCAAAAUACUUGAGACAAAAGAGGUGUGGGCGCACCUCAUGGUCCUGCCCUUGCCUCGUCUCCGAACCUUCUUGGCCGAGGUACAGAACAACGACAACCUGGUCUACACUCUCAAUGUUUCAUUCCCCGCAAUGAAUGCCCUUAUCCUGCUAUUCCGAGGCCCGGCGGCAGAAUGGGUCAAGACGGGUACUAUUUCGCGAAGCAAUGCUGAGCGAAUUGCGACUGCCCAGAGAGACCUCGGGCUUUGCGCCUUUACGGGCCACCUACUCGGUGAAAAGUGUCACAUCCUGCCGUUCUGGACUCUAAAUAGGCCUCGCUGCUCCCAGGCACUUGACGCUGCAUCCGCAGUAUUCGGAAGGGAACGAAUCCAAAUGCUUCGCAAGAAGCUCGUCAACCCCAAGACCAACAUUGUCGAUACGUCCCGAAAUAUGAUCACGUUGCACCCUAUGCUUCACAAGUUUUGGGACCAUGGACUUUUUGGUUUAGAGCCCGUCACUCUCUUGUACGAAGAGGACAAGAAGGAAGAACCCGCCAUUGCGGGUCCCUCGACUCCCUCAAAGGUCGCUGGCGAGAGACCCAAUGAGGAGAGUGGGGCGCCGGGUUCCUCAAGGUCUACAAGAUCUGGUACCAAGAGACUCAGCGAUAGUUCACAGAUCACGCCUUCCAAGAAGUCCAAGAGAACCAGAGAGGGCAAGGGUAAGGGCAAGGAGAGGGAGGUGGAGCUGCCGCAGGAUAUUAAGCCUACGAAGGAGGACGGUGAGCGCGCAAGGGAGGCGAUCGGUAUUCGUGUUCGACUCAAUUGGCUGCCAAAGACGAUGUGCUUGACGCCGGACAAUCUUCCAACGAACAUGACUGAGUUACGGCGGACUUGGAGCCCGUGGGACGAAGACUACGUUGUUCACCGCAAGGAUGCCCGGCCCGUUGACGACGGCCAGAUCAUCGACAUCUUCGAUACAGCAGACGCCAAAGCCCCCGAUUUCGACAUUCUGCAAUUGCAGUUCGACGUUUUCCGCAUGCAGGCCCUGUCCGGCAGGGCUGACCCCAUUAUCUAUGCCCCCGAUUGGUACUACGAUGAAGAUGGGGAAAUUGUUUCAGAUCCCGUGCCAGGAAAAGAAGAGGCUAAAGUCAGCAUUCCUUCUUCUGACCCUCAAGGCUUCGAUCUCCCUACCGUCGCUUCUUCAUCUCAUCAUCAAGACUUCGAUCCGUCUACCGUCGCUUCUUCAUCUCGUCCUCAAGACUUCGAUCCGUCUACCGUCGCUUCUUCAUCUCGUCCUCAAGACUUCGAUCCGUCUACCGUCGCUUCUUCAUCUCGUCCUCAAGACUUCGAGCCAUCUGCCGUUGUUUCUUCACCUCAAUUUCAAGGCUCCUAUUCAUCUACAGCGGCAUCUCGUCAACAGCUCCCCAGCAUCGUAGGAGGACCCGACGUUAAGGCGCCUCCUCUGAGAAGACCCUCGAUCAUCUCAGGUAUGAAGACCGUGGGCCGCGCCUUUGGUCUUUCAUUGGUAUCUGACCAACAGACCCCCGACGCCGAAGAAGAAUCCAACGUUGCGUCGCCUCCGAGUCUUCAGAGGAGUGCGUCGAUCAUGUCCGGUGUGAAGACUGCGGGCCGGAAUGUUACUCGUUCAUUGAGCAAUGCCAAGAACCAGACCAAGAACCUUGUACGCAAUCCAAGUUUGGCUUUGCGCGGCAAAAAGGAAGGAAAGCGGCAGCGCCAGACUCCCGAGCGAACGUCGGGCACCCGAACUCCCACCAGAGUCUAUCCCAACGAACCGGCGACGGGCCGUGAAACCCCUUUCAGCGACAAAGAGAACGUCGCCACGGGCAUCGACGAGCGCUCGCGCCAGCAAUCUUACCAGAGAACACACAACCCUCUGUCCGAAGUGCAGGAGCGUGUACCAAGUGUUACAGCCCAGAAGUCGCAAGGUCAUGAACGUUCCAAGAGUGGCGGUUCAGGUCAGGCCUUGGACAAGACCAAAAAGCGUUUUUCCGCGAGCCAUCUCGUCAAGCGUCGGUCUGAGGCCGAAUUUACGAAGCGCUCUUCUGCCGAUCAGAUUGAGAAGCGCCGGUCCGUGGGCAAUCUCACUGAGCUCCUGUCUGAAGGUCCCGAGAACGCACCAAGCGAUUUAGGACACCAAUUCUCGGUGGCUCUGCGUCCUCGAGAGGUCUGA